AUGUCAGACCUAUCAAGUAGCGCGAUUCCAGCGUCUGCGGAGCGGAAGGUCAAGAAAUUGAUCCUCAAUGCAUUCGUUGAGAUGUGUAGCGGUCACCAGUCUCCGGGUCUUUGGAGGCAUCCACGUGAUGAAUCUUGGAAAUUCAAUGACGUUGAUCACUGGGUUGGACUGGCCAAACUUUUGGAAUCUGCAAAGUUUCAUGGCAUAUUCAUAGCUGAUGUGCUUGGUGGUUAUGAUGUCUUCAAUGGAAAUCUUGAUGCCGCAAUCCGUUCCGGAGCUCAAUGGCCGGUCAAUGAACCCCUUGCGGUGAUCCCAGCAAUGGCAGCCGCAACGCAAAGUAUUGGAUUUGGAGUGACGGUCUCAACGACAUAUGAACAACCAUAUCACCUCGCCCGGAGAUUGUCAACGAUUGAUCAUCUGUCGAAAGGAAGAAUUGGCUGGAAUAUAGUGACAGGUUAUCUCGAUUCUGCCGCUCGGAAUCUUGGAUACACAGAACAACCACAGCAUGAUAAACGUUACGAAGUUGCGGAGGAAUACCUGGAGGUCAUGUACAAACUCUUCGAAUCCUCUUGGAGAGAUGACGCAGUAGUACUUGAUCGUGAGAAGGGCACGUACACAGUCCCGGACAGGGUUCGAGAAAUCAAUCAUAUUGGAAAGUAUUUUCAAGUGCCAGGGCCACACAUCUGCCAACCUAGUCCCCAACGAACUCCACUGCUAUUGCAGGCAGGGACAUCAAAAGCAGGAAAAGAAUUUGCGGCUCAACAUGCAGAGGGUGUCUUCGUUGCAGGACAUAGCCCUUCAGUUGUAGCAAAGAGUAUCUCGGAGACAAGACAAUUAGCCAAUACCAGGUUCGGACGUAACUCACAGGAUAUCAAAUUCUUGUCCCUGCUCUGUCCGGUUCUCGGAAAGACACAGGAAGAAGCAGAUGCAAAGUUCAGAGAGUACCGAAGUUAUGCGUCUGUGGAAGGGGCACUUGCCUUACUGUGUGGCUGGACAGGAAUCGAUUUUGGAAAGUACGGAGAUGAUGAGGAAUUGCGGCAGGUCGAAAGCAAUGCGGUCAAAUCAGCUGUUGAUGGUUUUGCACACCUAGCUCCUGGAGUUUCCAAAUGGACUAAAUGGACCGUUGCUGAAUUGAUCACCAUUGGAGGCCUGGGUGCGACACCAGUCGGUACACCCCAGCAUGUCGCCGAUGUUAUGGAACGUUGGAUCGAGGAGGCAGAUAUUGAUGGGUUCAAUCUAGCAUACGCACUAUUUCCAUCCUCAUUCCAGGACAUCAUUGAAUUACUUCUGCCAGAGUUGAGAGCCCGGGGACUCUUCUGGGAUGACUAUGCAGUACCUAGUGGCACUUAUCGCGAAAAUCUGUAUGUUCGAAAAGGCCAACAUGGACCACUGCCAGAACAUGUCGCUGCUUCCUACCGAUGGAAAGCCGGUGUAGCGAAGUCAGACCACAUUAUUCCAGAUGGCAAAAGAGCCAGCUGA